AUGGGAGCUGCAAAGAAAUUCACGGUAUACCUUGUGCUAUUUGUAGUGCUCAUGAUCAAGAUGAACUCCGCUGGACUAUCUCAGAAGGCACCAUUGAGACCAGCAGCGAGGGCACAUCCUGCUAAGGUACCACCAUCAGGUAAUGCUUCUACUACUACUACUACUACUACAACCACCACCAACGAACAAACACAACGCGCUACACGUUCCAGCAAUGCAGAAAACAUUGACAUGACGCGAACGGCAUAUUUAUUAACCGUGAAUCUUACGUCACCUCGAACCAUACGAUCCACUGCUAUUCUCAAAGGUGUCGGCUUCACUGUUCAUCACGCAAUGGCUCCCUUUCUGGGGACCGAACGAAUUGACAAGACGAAUUCCAAUAAACUUGCACAAAUGGAGGUUUAUAGAAUCAUUGCCGCAGGCACGCAACCCUGGGGGUAUGUAUUUGAGGACGAUAUUGCUCUCUGUAGGUCAAAGGAGGAACCUGAAGAGAGCCAAUUCUCAGUACAGCGGAAUUUAAUAUGUCACAAGAACAAUCAAGACACUUGCAUGGAGUCGAAACAUGCCCUUGGUAUGUUUCUUGGUGUUUGCGGUUCCAAAGAACAUGUCGGCAAAGAGCAUCCAGGUACGAAACCUGGUACUCCCCUGUAUUGUGGAAGGUGCGUUCAUUCCUAUGGAGUCAGCCGGGAAGGAGCAUCGAAGGCGAUUGAAUACGUUGAGAAAUGCGAUGCGGACCAGUCUUUUUGUGGGAUCGCGAACAGGCAAUACAUGGACGUUCUGAUAGAAAGAUUCUGUGGGUAUUAUGGUGGGUUUCCGGUUAGUGAUAUGGAAUGUGCGGGCAAAAAAUUCAAGAAACAUAAGGGUUCCUUCAUUCAAGACAGAGAGGCGUUCCAAACAAUAUUGGGGUCUCCAGGAAGUUAA